CAAGACAAACGUAUCGUUGUUCAGCCAUAGCGAAACAAAAGACACGGGAUCGUACGACAGAAAUUUACCUCUGUAGUUAAAUACUGUCUUGUGGGACCUCCUGUAAUGUGGACUUGAAUUUGGAUAUAUCAACAACAACAAUGUCCAACGAAAGGAUGGGACAAAGACGAGGAAUGAUGUGGUGGGUGGCCUUCUCUUUAUGUGUGCUGAUCUGCGACGUGCGUGUUUCAGCUCAAAUUAAAUAUUCAGUUCCAGAGGAGGUAAAGCUUGGAUCUGUUGUUGGAAAUGUCGCCAAGGAUCUAGGACUGGACAUUAGCUCUCUGAAGGAAAGACAAUUUCGUAUCGUUUCUGGAGAUUCUCAGAUGGAAGUGAAUCAGGACAAUGGCGUGUUGUAUGUACGUAAAAACAUCGACAGGGAGGAGAUCUGUGAAAGCGGUCCAGCGUGUUUGAUAAACCUGAAAAUAGUAGCGGAGAACCCAAUGGAAAUACAUUAUGUCACGGUAGAAGUGGCUGAUGUGAAUGAUAACGCCCCGAGUUUCCAGGAGGAGGAAAAAGUCAUCGAAAUUUCGGAGUCCAGUCUUCCUGGCAAACGCUUCCAGUUGUCAACUGCUCGAGAUCCAGAUGUUGGCACCAAUUCAGUGCGCGUGUAUAAAUUAAAUCAUAACGAGUAUUUUAGUGUACAAAUUAGAGAGAGGGGUGAGGAUAAAAUACCAUUUUUAGUUCUACAAAAGCCGUUAGACAGGGAAAAACAACCAGAACAUAAAUUGGUUCUGACAGCAGUGGACGGCGGGAGUCCACCGAGGUCAGGGACUCUUAAUGUCUCAGUCAUAGUUCUUGAUUCAAACGAUAAUCAUCCAUUAUUUAGCCAAGAGGUUUAUUCAGUAACAAUUCCUGAAAAUGUUGAUAUUGGAACGAGUGUAAUUACUGUUAACGCAACUGAUAUGGAUGAGGGCGUCAAUGGUGAAAUUGAAUAUUUCUUCGGUGAGGAGCUCGACCCAAAAAUAUACGACAUGUUCGAAUUGGACAGGAAGACUGGUGAAAUUAAAGUAAAAGGACAGAUAGACUUCGAGAUGUUUGACGUUUACAAAUUAGAUGUCCACGCCACCGACAGGGGGCAGCCACCGAUGAGUACUGAUUGCAGAGUCAUUAUCAAAAUUCUUGAUGAAAAUGACAAUAAACCUGUAAUAGAAGUGACAUCUCUAUCAAAGGUAAUACCGGAAAACGCAAAACCAGGGACUGUUGUUUCCCUGAUCAGUAUUUUGGAUAAAGACUCUGGUUCAAACGGCAAAGUGAGUUGUAGUCUUUCAGGAGACGUUCCGUUUGAGUUGAAACCAUCGUUCCAAGAUAAUAUGUACUCGUUGGUUUUAAGAAGUCCCUUGGAUAGGGAAUCAGUUUCACAUUUUAAUGUCGAAAUAACAGCCACCGAUGGCGGACAGCCUCCACUGUCUACGUUUAAAUCUCUGAAUAUUGAAGUUUCGGAUGUUAAUGACAACAAACCAGUAUUUUUAAACAAUCCUGUUGAACUCUAUCUGGUAGAAAACAAUGUGCCUGGAAACCCGAUUAUUACUGUCACUGCUUCUGAUAAGGACUUAAAUGAAAACGCUGCUUUAGUUUAUCAUGUUAUUAGAGAAGAGAACGGUCAUAAAAAUGUGGCGUUUUUGAACAUCAAUACUGAAAGUGGACAAGUGUCCGCGUUGAAGAGUUUCGACUUCGAAUCAACAAAAACUUUCCAGUUCCACGUUGUAGCGUCAGAUUCAGGAAGUCCGUCACUG